AUGAGGACUGCAGGAGAAAAAGCGAGCAAGCGAAGGAGGGUCAUCAAGGAUAAAACAGCUUCUGUCGAGGCCACGUUUGUUAUUCAUGAACACUUAAAGCAGCUGGCGGAAAUAAUACAGACCAUUCAGGGUGCUUGCCCUAGCAUAACUGGUUCAGUCAACGUAUUGGACCUCUUUAUUUCUUCAAAAAAUCACAUUGAAGAUGGACGUAAAAAGGCUGGUAGAGGAGUGAUGCUGUUGAAAGAGGGAUGGAGCAUACUCAAUGAAGCCCAAGAAUUAUUGAACACCAUCGAAUCAAAAUCCCCCAGAGUGAAUUUGGAGACCUGCAGUUCAAUUACUUUGUCUACAGAGAAAGUAGAAUACAAUGAUGACUGA